CUAUCGACAAUUUGUUUAUAUUGGUGUUGACAUUUUUUUGCUUCAAAUUCUAGUGUUUAAAACUUCUCAAUUCAUCAUUCAUGCACAGAAACACCUCAUUUUAAAUGCACACAUUCGGCAGUAGAUAGAUGAUUUUAAAUUCAUUAUGUGUUAAGCCGUCUAGAUACGACACGAAAAAUUGUAAAGUUUAAUUGAAGAUGGGAGCGUUUUCAAAGUCGGCAAAAGUUUGCUUCGAAAUUUUAAAUGAACUGUAUACUGCUGUGGGGGCUGGGGUGUUGGGGAUGGCAGUACUUCUUCAGCAUGGAUUCCGCUCACAUCAAACUGUAAAAUGUUUGUCAGUGGUCGGCAUAACUGCAGCCAGUUUAGUGUUUGUCUUCAGUAGAGAUAAACCGAAGAUAACAGCUAAUAAGAAGAAGGUGGUAAUGAUUACCGGGUGUGAUUCAGGUCUGGGCUUUUCUUUUGCGCAACAUGCAGCUGAAUGUGGUUUUACUGUGAUAGCGACAUUUUUGAGUCUCGACUCUAAAGGAUCUAAGGAAAUUAAAAGACUAUACGGAGGAUACAUUAUACAAAUUCAACUUGAUGUUACAGAUAGCACAAGUAUUCAAAAUGCUGUGCAAACUAUGGAACAUUAUUUCAGCAAAAAUCCCGGAUACAGUCUUCAUGCGUUAGUUAAUAAUGCUGGUGUUAUGGUAUUUGGAGAAUUUGAAUGGCAAACUGAGAAACUUAUAAAGCGACAAAUCGACGUUAAUUUACUGGGCACGUUCAAAUUAACCAAUGCAUUUGCUUAUCUACUUCGUCAACACAAAGCAAGACUUGUUACAAUUUCAAGUCAUUGUGCACUUGCUAAUUUACCAGGCUUAACAGUGUAUGGGGCUACAAAAGCUGCUUUAAUGUCUUGGAAUGAUGGCAUACGGAUCGAAAUGGCAAAAUAUGGAGUACAGGUGGUCACUUUUAUUCCAGGUUCUUUUACGACCGAAAGUAACAUAAUGAGUCGUCAAUUACAAAAUGUUCAAGACAUGCACGAUAACUUUACCGAAGAACAACAUCGCUUUUACAGCGAGUACUUUAAACGUUACAACAUCUAUUUGUCGUUUUUAACACCUCCAAGUGAACCGCAGAAAAUCCAGGACGAGAAUCUCUAUAAAACCUUUAAAAAUGCUCUCUUGGACGAACAGCCCAGCUGGUUAUAUAAGCAUGAACCUUGGAGAUAUACGUUUUAUCACAUUUUAUUCAAGUACAGCCCUGUUCCUUUGAGGGACUAUUUCAUCACUAAGUUUAUGCAAAUGCCCGAAUACAAACCGGCAAUUUCCAUGGAAGAAGACUUUGAGGAGAUUAGCGACUAAUUUUUAACAAAAUCCUUAAAUAAUUUUUAGUUUUGUAUCUAGUUUUGGCAAUACUGUAUCCGUUUUAACAGCUAAUAUACUAUUAAAUUUUUGGUAAAAAUAUGUAUUUUAUGUUUGAACAAUGACGAAUUGAUACUCGAAAACUUGUAAAUAGCGCAUCACAUUUGCAAUAAUUAUUUAUUAAUAAUAUGUAAGUAUUUAAUUGACUUAAUUAUUGAUAAAUUAAAUUUAUUGACUUGUUAUUUUGCUUAAAAUUUUUUGUUGUUUUCUAGAGUUUUACUUGUUGAUAAUGAAUAGAUACAAAGUUGUAUUGAUGCUUAGUAGUGAAUUAUAAAAAUAAACGCAGUGAUUCAAUA